GUAAGCUUAAGAGAAGACCGCAAAUCUUGCUAUGUCCUCUUUCUGUGAGGUAUGUCCACACAGCUUCUAUUAUAAUGAGCACAGGCGCCAACAACACCGGUUCUCGUAGCUUCUCCAACACUGCUUGUGAACGUUAGGGUUGACAUUGAGGUCCUUUCCUGUAGGACAUAUAGAAAGGUGCUGGCAACAGGAUUGUCCAGUUGGGGCACCUAGCUGGAGUAAAGCAUUGCACUGAGUGCAUAACUAAACGCGAGCGCAUGUUAAACGUGCACAUCAGUUGAUCGGCGGGUCGGCUGACCAGGAGUCGCUUUCCGGCAUCGACCCAUGCCAACCGUCAAACGCCAACUCCCGCAGCUGUAAAGCCUACCUACAGUGGGUAGCAUGCAUGGCGUUCACUGCAAGCGCUUAGCGGUCGUCCGCCGAAACCUAGUACGUUAAGGCCUCCGCCAUCAACAGUUGGCACUAUGGAUGGGCGGCUGCACACCCCAGCAACUCGAUGGCCCUCGGGACCGUAUCUACGACGGUCUAAGGGUUUCGCCCUGACUCCGUAUUCAGCCAUCUCAGGGUUUGACUCCUGUGGCCUGAGCAAGACUCCCAGCAGUAGCAGUAGGCGCUGCGGUUCCUGUUCCAGCGGAGGUUGCGCUGACCGCGCCACAAGUACCCAUGCCAGCCGGGUUUCUGCAGCCAGCGCGCACGGCAUCAUGAUUGCACCGCACCACGGCAGCAUGGGCAGUGCGGGCAGCCUGCUUCGGCUGCUGCGGGCAUCCCCGCUUGCGGUGCCAACCGUCGCCACCGUUAGUCAUUGUCGUACUCCCGCUGCCGGGCUUACAACCCAUGCCACAAUCGGCGGCGGUGGAGGUGGAGGUGGAGGUGGAGGCGGGAAGGUUCGGCUGGUGUUUCCCUGUACGGCAUGCGGCCACGUGCACAAGAAGUACUAUGGCAAGUGUGAGCGGUGCGGCAAGUUCCAGACUCUGGACCCCCGGGGGGUGCCUCAGGAGCCGCCCCCGGCUGCGGGAGGAGGCGGAGGAGGAGCAGGAGUCCGCGCCCUGGAGCGAAUCCAGUCUGAAGCCGCCUACGCCGCCGGUAGCAGCGCCGCCGCCGGUGUACGGCAUAACGCCCAUGAUCUCGGUCAGCACACGUCAAUGUACGGCACUUUUGCUGGUAGCGGCUCCAAUGAAACUGGGCCCCCGUCGAUGGGUCGGUCCAAGGGUUGGGUCGCCAGCAACGGUAGUGGCGGCAAUGGUGAGGCGGAUUGGGACGAUGUUCCGUUGUCACUUCGCGCGCUGUCGCGAAUGGGCGCCGAUCAGUUGGGUCGGCGACGCGGACGCAUUCCGUUGAGCGGACGAACGGGCGCCGAGGUGCAGAGGGUGCUGGGCGGCGGAGUGGUCCCCGGUGCGCUGGUGCUGAUCGGAGGUGACCCGGGGGUCGGCAAGAGCACACUCACCCUGCAGGUCGCGGCUAUGAUGGCGCAUCCGGAGUUGGACUUCGAUGCCCUAGAAGAGCAGCGACAGCAACUGCAACAGCAGCAGCAGCAAGAUGAGGAUCCGCCGUACUCAUCGUACGACACAGACGACGACGACAUCAAUGGCGAGUUGUACGACGAUGAAAACAAUGAGAAUUACGAUGAAGAGCUUUUGCAGUACGACCGGUUAGGAAAUGAAGACGAUGUACGACAAGUACAACAUGUUGUACAGCAGGACCACCACCACCACCACCACCACGACCACCACCACCAAGCAGAAGUACGACAACAACAGCAGCAACAGCGUCGUACGGUUUUGUACGUGACAGCUGAGGAGACUCGGGAGCAGGUGGUGGGUCGCAGUCGGCGCAUGGGCCUACAGCGGUGCGAGGGAGUGGCGGUGCUGUGUCGCAGCGAGAUGGGCGCCAUAUCCCGUGCCAUCCUGGACCUGCGGCCCGCUGCGGUGGUGCUCGACUCCAUCAACACAGUCUACCUGUCGGACCUGCCGCAGGCGCCGGGAACCGUCACGCAGAUCCGCGAGUGUGGUCAGCUGCUGCUGCGUCUGGCCAAGGACAAUGGCAUCGCGGUGCUGCUGGUGGGGCACGUGACCAAGGGGGGAGAGAUGGCGGGGCCAAACACACUGGCACACAUGGUGGACACGGUGUUGUACCUGGAGGGUGACGUGGCUCAGGCCGUACGGCUGCUGCGGGUGCACAAGAACCGACACGGCUCGGACGCGGAGUGCGGUGUGUUUACCAUGGAUGGCAGCGGCCUGCAUGCAGUCGCCAACCAGAGCGCCCUCUUCCUCGAGAGCCGCCUGG